GCAAACGAGUAGCUCACGAGCCGGCUGCGGAAGAGAGUCCUGCCAGCAGGUCGGCCUUGCUUCCUUCCUUCCUCCCUCCCUCUCUUCCCGGCAGAGCGGACGGUGCCCGCCCGCGGCUCCCGGGGCUGGGCGGGGCGGGGGCGGUGCCGCUCCAGGGCCCCUCACGCAGCGCCCGCCGCUGCUCCAGCGCCUGCGGCUGCGCGCGCUCGGAACGGGGGGGGGCGGCGGCCGCAGCCUUUGUGCGGGGCGGGAGAAGGAGCCCCGACUCCCCGGGACAGCCGGGGCACCGGUGAGGGCCCCUCGUUCUCCCUCGGCAGUUUCCCGGAGAGGCGGCGGGGAAGGGCCGACGAUGGACCUCGAUGGGCCGGACGCCGCCCGCCGGGAGGCAGAGCUGGAGCGCGGCCGCUGCUUGAGCCGCCGGGCCGUGGCCCAGGAGCAGCUGGCGCAAAUAAAGGAGCACAAGAAUCAGGCAUAUCUGGCCAAGCUAGAAAACAAAAGAGAAGGAGAACAAAUACAGAGAUUGACCCAAUUGUACCAACUGGAAAUUCAGAGAGGAAAAGAAAAGGAACAGGAGGAAAAAGUUGAAUGGCAGAGGCUGCAUCAUGAAUAUGUAGCUGAACAGAAAGUAAUUAAAGCUGAAGAGAAACAAAAAGAAGACAAAGAUGAUGAUUGGAUUAAGGCUUAUAUUAAAGGUAAAGAAAUGAUGGCUGAUCUGGCAAGAGAAAAAGAUGCAGAGACUAACAGGCUGAUGCAGAAGCAUAGGGACAAAGCUUUUGAAAAACUAUCUGCACAGAUGAACAAGGCAUUUAAGAUUCAAGAUGAUUGCCUUGUGAGAGGAGCUGCAGAGGUAGAAGCUGAAUACCAAAUGAAAAACUAGGAGAAAGAAGCAAGACAGAAGGCUGCCAUUGAAUCUAUUGCUGAAUACAGAGCCACUGUGAUUAAGAUGAAAGAGGAAAAGGAGAGACAGGAAAAAGAAAAGGAUGAGAAGGAUCAUAAUCAGUGGAUGACAGAAGACAGCAUCUGCCAGGAAAUGGAAAAAGCCAAGAAACAAAGACAGUGUGAUGCAAACAUGGAAGUACAAAAAAUUCAGAUCCAGCAGAUGGCUGAAAAGCAAGCAAAAAAAAAAAACAGCAGGAAAAGCAAGCAGACUUGGAUUACGAUGCUCAGAAACUGCUUUUCAUCAGGAUCAAGCAUUUUGGAGAUAAAGACAAAAUAUAUUUGACUACUAUCUAUCUACAAAGGAAAAGGAACCUUGCCAUUCUCUCCUUCCAAGUUCUAUAUGCCUGCAAAACCUAUCAGUGCCCAAUAGCUGAAGCUAACUCUGGAGUAAGUUACAAAACAUGCUGUUUGCCAAAACCUGCCUAUACUCAACUUCAGCUCAAGAAACAAGUGCCAUAGUUCACAACUGUACUUUAACUAGUCUAAUUUUAUUAUGGAACAAAGCAGUAGAUUCACUUUUUACGAAGUCAAGAGGUAACAACCACAGGUAAACUAUCAGUACUGUACUCCUAGAAUAUUGCUGGGCCUCCAGCCUUAAUUCAAAGGCUGGCCUAAAAAAAAAAAGUUUUGGCCUAAAAAAAAAAAGUCUUACUGAGCAAACAAUAAAAUUGAGUAAGCUGUUUAAAACAUCUGCGUUUUAAAACA